AACAACCAAAACAAUUUCUAAACCCAUAAUAUAAUUUCUCAAGAAAUCCUAAAAUUUAACGCUAUAAAAAAAAUAAAUUAUGGCGGGUGAACCAGGAAGCUCCAUGCAUGGGGUAACCGGAAGGGAACAAGCGUUCGCCUUCUCGGUAUCCCCAUCCACAGUUCCCGUGGACCCCGCAGCCAAAUUUGCUCUACCAGUAGACUCAGAACACAAAGCCACAAAACUCAAGAUCUUCUCUUUGGCAAAACCACAUAUGACCACAUUCCACCUUAGUUGGAUAUCGUUUUGCACGUGUUACAUAUCCACAUUUGCAGCUGCACCCUUAGUCCCAAUCAUAAGGAACAAUCUUGACCUUACCAAACGAGACAUAGGAAAUGCAUCUGUUGCGUCCGUUUCAGGAAGUGUAUUCUCUAGACUUGUAAUGGGUACACUUUGUGACUUAAUGGGUCCCAGAUACGCUUGUGCAUUUCUUGUUAUGUUGACUGCCCCAACAGUAUUUUGUAUGUCGUUGAUUAGUGAUGCGUCAGGGUAUGUUGCGGUUAGGUUUAUGAUUGGAUUUUGUUUGGCGACUUUUGUGUCGUGUCAGUAUUGGAUGAGUACGAUGUUUAAUGGUAAGAUUAUUGGGUUUGUGAAUGGUACGGCUGCUGGGUGGGGGAAUGUGGGAGGAGGGGCUACACAACUUUUGAUGCCUAUUGUUUAUGAGAUUAUUAAAAAAGCUGGUGCUACACCUUUUGUUGCUUGGAGGAUCGCUUUCUUUUUGCCGGGAUUGUUGCAUAUUAUUAUGGGGAUUUUGGUGCUUACUCUUGGUCAAGAUUUGCCUGAUGGUAAUCUUGGUGCUUUGCAAAAGAAAGGUGAUGUUGCCAAGGAUAAAUUCUCUAAGGUACUUUGGUAUGCAAUCUCCAACUACCGUACAUGGAUCUUUGUACUUCUAUAUGGCUACUCCUUGGGUGUAGAGUUGACAACCGAUAACGUCAUUGCUGAAUACUUCUUUGACAGGUUUAACCUAAAACUACACACAGCGGGAAUAAUCGCAGCAAGUUUCGGAAUGGCCAAUCUAUUCUCCCGUCCCUUCGGAGGUCUAGCUUCCGAUUGGAGUGCUCGUUACUUCGGCAUGAGAGGCCGCCUUUGGACCCUAUGGAUCUUCCAAACCGCGGGAGGCCUCUUCUGCGUUUGGCUCGGAUUAGCAAAAACCCUACCUGUCGCAAUCGUAGCACUAGUCCUCUUCUCCCUAGGAGCUCAAGCUGCCUGUGGAGCCACUUUCGGAAUCGUCCCCUUUAUCUCUAGACGUUCUCUUGGUAUUAUCUCGGGUCUUACCGGAGCUGGGGGCAAUAUCGGGUCUGGGUUGACCCAAUUCAUUUUCUUCACAACGGAUACGUUUAGUACUCAUGAAGGUUUGACUUAUAUGGGGAUUAUGACUAUUGCGUGUACUUUGCCUGUGGCUUUGGUUCAUUUCCCACAAUGGGGUAGUAUGUUUUUGCCUCCUUCUAAGACUGCUAAUGAAGAGGGGUAUUAUGUGUCCGAGUACAAUGAUGAUGAGAAGAGAAAGGGAAUGCAUGAAGGAAGUGUUAAAUUUGCGGAAAGCGCUCGCUCAGAGCGUGGAAGGAAAGUGGUUUCUGCUCCAACUCCGCCUACUCAAAGUCCUAACAAUGCAUAAUAAUAAGUCCUUUUUCUUUAAUUUACCGGAGUUCAACUAAUGUAUGUUGAACUCUCAUGGUAAAUUUUAUGCUUUAUGUAAUACAUGUUUUUGUUUUUAUUAUGGCUUUUUUAUAUACUACUUGUCAAAUCAUACAUGCUUAAUUAUAUAUAUAUAUAAAUCAUAAUUUUGAAUAUGUUACUAUAAAGUCGAUAAGUUUGGACGUUA